GUUUGGCCUUCAUUCAGUCGGAAGCAGCUACAGUAGGCAGCGCCAUAAACUCGUGAUAAAAAAUGGAUUAUUACUACAGCACCAUUUCCCCACCCUGCCAUAGUGCAAUCCUUCUGGCCAAAAAAUUGGGCAUUACGUUGAAUCUCAAAAAGACGAACGUGCACGAUCCGGUUGAACGCGAUGCGUUGGCAAAGAUCAAUCCCCAGCACACGAUUCCGACGCUCGUAGACGAUGGUCAUGUCGUGUGGGAAUCGUACGCGAUUGUGCUGUAUCUGGUGGAGAAGUACGCUACCGACGAUACGCUCUACCCAAAGGAUCCGAAGGUACGCUCCGUCGUCAAUCAGCGACUGUUCUUCGACAUCGGUACACUGUACAAGAACAUCAUCGCCAACAUUGGAGUGCUGCUAAAAAAAGAACAACCGUCCGAUGAGGCGAAGCAAAAGCUAAAGCAAGCUAUCGAUCUACUGGAGCAGUUCGUUAGUGAGCGCUCGUACGCGGCGGCCGACCAUCUGACCGUGGCCGAUCUGUGUCUAAUCGGCACGGUAAAGUCGCUGAGCUGGAUGCAGUUCGAUCUGGAACCGUAUCCAGCUAUCCGAGCGUGGAUAGACCGAGUGGCAGCUGAAAUACCGGGCUAUGAGGAGUUCCGGAAGGAGGUGGAGGCGGCUACCCUGGCGUAUAUCGCUACUCGUCAGUACCACACCCUGCAGCGAGGCCUGAACACGUUUGCUGCUGAUAAAAAUAGGCCCCCAUCGAAUCGGAGUUGCUUGCUUGCGGUCAUCGAUGGUUCGGAACGUGCGCCAGUAUCGCACGACAUAGCGGCCACAAUGGAUCUAUACUAUCACAUCCGUUCACCACCGUGCCAAUCGGUAGCGUUUCUUUUGAAGCACCUGGGUCUCGAGGUGAACCACAAAACGAUCAGCGUGUACGAUGCGGACGAUUUGGAAACGUUGAAGAAGGUUAACCCACAGCACACGAUCCCCACGCUGGUGGAUAAUGGACACGUGGUCUGGGAAUCGUACGCCAUCCUGAUCUAUCUGGUCGAGAAGUACGCACUGGAUGAUAGCCUGUACCCGAAGGACCCCAAGGAACGCUCGGUCGUCAAUCAGCGGCUGUUCUUCGACAUCGGUACACUGCAAAAAAGCAUGAUGGCUUACUUCCAACUGCACAUCCGCAAACUUCCCAUGACGGACGAGGUGGUGGACAAGCUGAAGCGUGCCCUGGAGCUGCUGGAAACGUUUCUGCAGGAUCGUACUUACACCGCCGGCGAAAAGCUAACGAUCGCCGAUUUUCCGCUGUUCGUGUGUGCCUCUUCGCUCCAGUGGGCCAAGUACGACCUGGCGCCUUUUCCGAACAUCGUACGAUGGGCUGCCAGGAUGGAGACGCACAUUCCGGACCUGGAAGCGAUGCGCAAGGCGGCGGACGAGGGCAUUCGAGUGUUGCUCGCCUCCAAAGGCUUCCAAAAUGCAAAGUAAGCUUGCCAAAACCCGUCCCGGGCGCUGGGCACCAUGCGAAUGACCGAUUGCUCGGGCGACGGUGUUACCAACUGCAGACAGCUGUUGAGGCGUUGUCGGUGACUUGCAGAAUAGAAUACGAAACGCAUCAAUUGCGAUAAGAUACGUAUCAGGUAAUGACUCGUGUGCGCCGCGGAUGGCCCCUGGUCCAACAAUAAACAAGAAUACGGUACGCUAGCUUAGAUAAAGGUACGGCACAUUUUAUUACUCU